CCCUCUCACCGUCCGCCCGACACUCCAGCCGCACCGACCGACGCCUAUGUGCCACAGACAUCUCCGGGAGUAUCAGAGAAUGAGACUGCUGCAAAGAAACUCAAAAGAAAAAAAUAAUCGAGAAGAAGAUACAUUUCAAAUAGACUAGGACUAUUUGCUUUCCUCUUGAAUUUGAAGAACAGGCACAUUAAAAAGUAAAAGAGGCUCCAAAAAGGCUGAAGAGUGAGGGUGGAAGUUGAGCUACAAACCUAGCAUAUUGCUACCUCUGUCCGUAACACUUUUGGAUUUUGUGGGAUAAGGAUGCCAACAACUCACAACAUUGAAGAACCCGGCCUUCAGUUUACCGCGCUUGGUGUUUAGCGGACACACUUUAACGGUGAUUGAACUCAGACAUCCUGCAGAUAGCUUCAGUCAACGCCAACCUUUUGUGUCUAUAGGCUACCUGCCCGCCUGGCUGAUCUGACGGAAGAAGGAUGUUGUCGGGCCUGAGAGCCUGGUUGUGGCAGGACUGGAUUUGGUUCCCACCGGGUUUGGGAUGGGCAGAUCUUGAGAGCCGGGAUGGUAAGGUGUUUGGCCAGAGUGGGGAUCUCUGGGUGACCCUGCCAAUUGCACUUUGCUUCCUCAUCAUCCGCCAAGUCUUCGAGUGGAAAGUAGCCACUCCUCUGGCCUUGCUGCUGGGGGUCAGAGAGGAAGUACGCGUCCACGCCUCCCACAAUCCCUUGCUGGAGUCCUAUUUCAGAUCCACAACCAAACACCCCAAUCAGAGUGCGGUGGAAUGCUUAAGCAAGCAGGCCGGGUGCUCGGAACGUCAGGUGCACAGAUGGUUCCGCAGGCGACGGAACCAAGAGCGGCCCAACAAGCUGAAGAAGUUCCGGGAGGCCAGCUGGAGAUUCACAUUUUACCUUCUUGCUUUCUUUGCUGGCCUGGCUGCCGUAAUCGACAAACCCUGGUUUUAUGAGAAGGAGGAGAUGUGGAAAGAUUUCCCCAAAAUGCCUCUGUUACCAUCCCAAUACUGGUACUACAUGAUAGAGCUCGGCUUCUACAUCUCUCUUCUGUUCAGUGUGGCUACAGACGUCAAGCGCAAGGACUUUAAGGAGCAGAUCAUUCACCAUAUGGCCACCAUCAUGCUUCUCAGCUUCUCAUGGCUGGUCAACUACAUCCGGGCGGGCACCAUGAUCAUGCUGAUUCACGAUGCCUCUGACUACCUGCUGGAGUCAGCAAAGAUGUUCAACUACGCAGGAUGGAGGAAGACAUGCAACUACAUCUUCAUCCUGUUUGCGAUGGUCUUCUUCAUCACCCGACUCAUCCUCUUCCCCUUCUGGAUAAUGCACGCCACCAUGGUGUACCCCUUGUCCCUGUACCCCACCUUCUUUGGCUACUACUUCUUCAACGGCCUGCUCAUGGUAUUGCAGGGUCUGCACGUCUUCUGGUUCGGCCUCAUCCUGCGUAUGGCCAUCAAGUUCCUGCCCGGAAACGACAUUGUGGAAGACGAGAGGAGUGACAAAGAUGAGACGGACGAAUCGGAAGACGAGGAAGAGGAGAAGGAUGGGAAGACGAAGAACGGACCGGUCCAGAAUGGCCACUCGGUACUCAACAACAACCACCGCAAGACGGACUGACCUGAGAGGGUCCGGAGGGAGGAGAGAGGGAGAGGGGGAAGAAGGAAAGAAGGAGCAUCUUUCUUUCCUUAGUUAAUUCUGUCUUUUCUGGUUCUCUCCUCCUCCUCCUCAUACUGAUCAGACCAAGAGACUAUAAGGAGGGACGCAGAGAGAAGUAACUCAUUCAUGCUUAUAUGGAUAGCAAUGCUCCACACACACACACACACACUCUCAAACCACAUAGAGGCACUCCCUGAUACACACACACACACACACACACACACACUCAAAC